UUGUCACUUAACGAACCUCCCCCAACCACGUCGGUGUGUCAAUAGUUUAUAAAUAACUCGUUUCAGUCUUUUAAAAUCUGUUAAAGAUAAUAAUUCGACUUAGCGGGUUGUAAAGCAUUUGAAAGACACGCUUUUCAAACAAACACGAUAUUUACUGUGUAAGCGAGACUCCCGUGAAAACGUUGUGUGUAGGAACCAUUGUUUUCAGUUUGCACCGGGAAGUUUUCUAAUCGGACAGAUUUACUGUUUCUAUGGUAACCAGUGAAGCCGGAGUACAAGAAGGGAAACGAACAUUUUGUAAAAGAAAGAUAUCAGAAGCUACAUUCAGUUCAUUAUAUUUGAGACUCGACAGGGAUUCUGUUUGCAAAUCAAAGACAGACCAUGGCAGCCGGUCUGCCCCAGCAGGGCAUGCUGGACCAGGUGAAUCAGCUGUGGUCCAUGCUGGACGAUAUGUCCCAGACAAACCCGGAGAGCUACCAGAAAUUCAUCAAGCGCCACCUACAGGAAGGUUUAGAGCACUGCGCCCCACCUGAGCCUCACACCUGUGUGGAGACGAGAAUACUGGACCCAGAGGAGGAUGUGCUGUAUAUUAAUCUGUGUGGCUGGAGCCGGGUUCCUGCCCCUGAGUCUGACUCAGCGCCUGUCCCCCUGAGUGCUGGCAAGCUGGAGAAAGUUAAUGAAGGCAAUGAGGUGUACAAGCUGGUGGAUGUUGCGUAUAACCCCAGGGUCCUGAAGCGUGGGGAGGAAGAUGGCAUUGAGAUGGACCAGCUGAUACGGCUGGCCAUGAAGUACAUUGAGCAGCAGUACGAAGUGCGCCUUACUCGUUCCUACGAGCUCGCCAGCUACAAACUGAAAGGAAGUGCCACUAGAAUGAAGCGGAGUCUGUCUGGACCAGCCAAACCGAAUCCCCAAACUCCAGAGUCGGGAGGCUCGCUUCUUCAGCAGAUCAGGUGUCUUCGUGUGGAAGGAGAGGCGGAGAGCAGCCCUUCUAUCGAGCUCUUCACUGAGAAGGGGAGCAGGCCCAGGAAAGCUGGCUUCAUCGAGGUGCUGUCCAGCACGGAGCUAGAGCCUGCUCCUGUCCAAACCCCAAGCUACCAUCUCUCAGUUAGCAAGGAUGAGAACGGGAGAGCUGCGACAAUCCAGCUGAAUGUCCACCUGCCAGAAGUGAGCUCAGUUUCAGAAUGCGAUCUCGCUAUUUCACAGGAUGAUGUCCUCAUUGAAGUCCAGGACAGGUACCGCCUCCAUUUGAACCUGCCAGAGUCCGUCGAUGAGGAAUCAGUCAAUGCAAAAUUUAACAGAAGUCGUCGCGUGUUGUUCGUGACAAUGCCCGUCUUAUAAAAUGUGAAUUCUCCACUGCGUUCAGGACCACUAGGAUAUUUCUUUAGACUUUCUUCACCACGGAUCCCAACAUGCUAAAACAUCUAGCCGUCUAUCCAAACCUGAAUCUUAGCCCUUGAAUGAAUAAAGCAAGGUUCAAGAACACACGAGUGCUAAAACGAACCAACACAACUAUUAAUAAUGAGGAAAUACAAUUCAACAGUAGAGAUAAUCCACGAGAGCUGGACCAUUUUAGCAUGUGGGUAACUAUUUACAGAGCAAAAAAUGUUUAAACACAUGUUUCACCUGAAAGUGCCUUCUCGUUUCUUUAUAAUAAAUAUAUUUCUAAAACAUAAAAAAUAAAAACAAUGUACACGGACCAAAGAGCUUUUAAUCUUGGUUUUACAUCACCCCUUCACGUGUGCAAUAGGAUAUCAACACCGACACAUUAGACCAAAUAAUAAUAUGAAAUUCCAUUGCAAAAGCAUGAAUAAUGAGGUCCAGUUUGGCCACGGUUUCACAGUCAGCACAGAGGUGGUUCUGUGUGUUUGUGCACAGCCUUGUAAGCUGUACUACUGAAACUGAAGUGCACAGGCCAGAAAACAAACCUCAGUGUUUAUGCUUAACAUUGUAAUCCAAGCCCAUUUUGGUUUGACUGUUGAAUAUAUUGUAUGGUUAAAUUGCAUUGUUCCAAACCUGCAAGUUAAUCACACACCACUCGAGGUAUGCAGUAAUUCACAUUGCACACCUACUGGAUGACACAGAAAAGCCUGCUGUUCAGAACUGCACAGCCAAGUAUUUACAUUAAGGUUUACACAGUAAGGUGGCAGCAGUACUGUUAAGAUUCUGGUAACAAAAAAACAAAUGGCACAAAGGCAGUUCCUGAACGGGCCCUUCCACCAGCGUCACACCGAAAAGCCUGUUCAGAAUUCUCCACUUUGAUGCCAUGUUUGUGGUCACAUGUUUUAUUUGGCAACAGUCUUUGCAUUUGUAACAGAAAGACACACUGAAAACCUCUCUGCUGCCUUAACUCACAAAGGGAAGCCUAAAUUACACACGAGAGGCACACAGCCAUGCCACGUGGAACGUGCUACACACACACACACACACGUGGGUGCUACAAAAGCCACGUUUGUACAUUUUCAGUUUCUUACUCUGAAAAGGUCUUGCAAUUCAAUUAUCACACAUGUAUGGAAUUGAUUUAGCUUUUUUUUUUUUUUGCAUGUAGUUUUUAAUUCAAAAUAUUGGCUUUUAGGUGGCACAUUACAAGUGAAAAGAUUAGAAUAAACAGAUUCAAAGACUUUUCCAGUUUCACAAGAAAGCCGAGAGGUCACGGUUAUUGUAUCAUAGAAGAUGGCUUUGCAUACUUUCCAAAGCAAAACCUACAAGAGUUCCUUUCAAUCUGUCAACGUUAACGCUUUCUUUUACAUUUCAGCACCUUUAAUAGAACUGCAUGAAAAACACAGAGGAUUUUUAAAUGAGUUUAAAGCAGUGAAACUAGUUGUUUUCUUCCAGCAUUUAUUUUCACCCCCCAAACCCCCAAAAAAGUUUAAAUAAAACAAGGCAGGACAGUAAAGAAUACACAAAAAAUAAAUACAAAAUCAGAGAGAUCUGGACAAGCUACAUAAGAUUCCCGUUUGAUUUAUCCUUACAACGUUAGGGUUGUUCGUGAAUACAUGGAGAGAAACAGAUAUGUAAAUUCAGUAUUCAUUUUAUUUUUUUAAAAACUACCCAACAGAAGCUACAGGAUCCCUUCUGAGUUGACAAGACCGCUUGUUUAGGGUUGUACUUGUGUUACUUUAUGAAAGAUAACAUUUAAAAAGAGGCCUUUACUGUGAGCAGCAUGCCGAGUCUAUUACACAUAAGACUGAGUGGAUUGGAAGGUCUCUUUCCUGGAGGAAUACGGAUCCUGCACUUUUAAUAUGGUGCUGAACCAAUGGGUGUGCUGGUCCAUGCAUCCUCCCACGUGUGUUAAAAUGACAGCAGCUGAUUUUCUAUAAUAGAUAUACGCAAUGCAGAAUAUAGAUGACAGGAAAGCUGCUUGAAUUGUCACAGCUGUGCAGUUCAAUUGGUAUGCGAAGCCUUGUACCCCACGUUUGAUGAGUCCAAAGUAAACCAACAGCCAAGCCGUUCAGUCUCGCGCUUUCAUUUUCUCUCUUGUGGAGGACUCACAAUCUAGACAUAUGAUUCAAGUAAUCUAAACACAAACACAAACCCAUCAUCCCAUGUCAUUUUAACACGAAUGUUUCCAAAAGGAACACACUCUUCUGGUACUGUAAUAACUCAGCACACAGCCGUGGGGAGUAACAAUGCAAUCUCAGUUUACAUAAGUACAAGAGAGAACCCAAUUCACAAAGCUUAAACUCCCGAGUCAUUUAAUAAGUUGUUUUUCAAAGUACCGGUUUUCAUUAGACAACAAUUUAAUACUUUUAUUCACUGCCAAUUUUUUUUUUUUUUUUAAAUAACUGUAAAUGGGCCCAAAAUGUCAGAAUUCAGGAUUGGAAUUCAAAAGAAAAAACAAAAUGUAACCCAAACUAAAUUCUGGAGGUGACCUUUGAAAACUGUAAGAAAUGAUAAUGCAAACAUGAUACAAUUAUUACUCCCCGAGAGCCUCUGCUUUAAAAAUAUAACUAUAUCUGCACAGGACAGAUCAGACAGCCGUGAAAUCUCAUAAAUAACAGACAAAACAAACCCUCUUUGUUGAGCUGUUUAACAGGAUUCUUUGAGGAUCGAUGCAAACAGAUAUAUUCAGGUUGGUUCAGACGUCACUUUAUCAGUUCAGGAGUAUGUGGAAGCAACAGUAGACUAGGUGGAAAGGAUGACAGAACUCUGCCUUUCACUGCACUACAUGCACAGCAGAGUGA